UUUACUUGUUGUUCCUUCAUUUGCAUCUCUGUGGAUAAUAUCUUCAAACUGAACUGAUGUGUCUCUUUGAGUUUCUGUUUUAUGGACAACGGUGUGUAAGGAAUGGCAUCAAGCUCUUGUCUUAAGCAAGGAUCAGUUCCAAUGAACAAUAUUCACGUUACCCCUGAAGCAACGUAUGAAGCUGUGGUCGCAGAUGCCAAGCUCUUCGUGGCAACGUUAGAAAGGCUUCAUUCUCGCUUGGGAACUAAAUUCAUGGUUCCUAUCAUAGGAGGGAAAGAUUUGGACUUGCACAAGCUUUUCAAGGAGGUAACAUCUCGUGGUGGAAUCAGUAAGAUAGUUAAUGAAAGGAGAUGGAAAGAAGUAACUGCCACAUUUGUCUUUCCUCCAACAGCAACAAACGCAUCUUUUGUCCUGCGCAAAUACUACUUCUCCCUUCUUAAGAACUAUGAGCAACUCUACUUCUUUAGAUCUAAUGUCCAGACCCCUCCUCCAGACAUUCUUCAGAACCCAUCUGCUGCUGGACCAGGACUUGUGAUAAGACCUCCGCAAGAGCCUCUAGCUUUAACCUAUACACCACAACCAAGGAUCAACUCUAGUGAUCUCCCUGGAGGUUCUUCAAAUGGUCCAAUUGUGAAUGGAGUGAUCGAUGGGAAAUGCGAAGAUGCUUAUCUUGUAACUGUAAAGAUGGGAUCAGAGGAGCUCAGAGGAGUUCUCUACGAGCUGGCUCCACAACAGAGUCAUGUUGUUUCCCUCAACAAUGCCAAUACUCAGGGGAUUGCUGGAGGAGUGACUAAACGCCGCAGGAGAAGAAAGAAGUCAGAGAUCAAGAGACGUGACCCUGCUCAUCCUAAGCCCAACAGAAGCGGCUACAACUUCUUUUUCGCGGAGCAGCACGCUAGGCUGAAGCCGCUUAACCCUGGUAAGGACAGGGAGAUCAGCAGGACGAUCGGUGAGCUUUGGAACAAGCUCAAUGAUCAAGAGAAGUCGGUUUACCAAGGGAAGGCGAUGGAGGAUAAAGAGAGGUAUCGAGCUGAGAUGGAGGAGUAUAGAGAGAAGCUUAGGACGGGGCAGAUGAUAAGUAACGCUGUUCCGUUGCAGGAGAGGGUUCCAGAGCAGAACGUAGAGAUGGCUGAAGCUGAAGGUGAUGUUCUGAUGGAAGAAGUCGAAGAAGAGGAUGAAGAUGGUGAUUCAAGUGGUUCAGGGGAAAGCCUUAGCCACCCUUCUGAUCCUGAAGUGGAGGAGCCAUCUUUGAAUCCUUUAGGUCUGAACCUACACCCUAAUUCGACUGAGAUGGUGGUGGUGGCUCCUAAGGAGAAAGCCGGCGAUGCUGUGAUGGUUGCUGAGCAGAACUGAAGAUUCUUCUCUUUGUUUUAAUUUUUCAGUUGCAGUUUUUCGUUUUAUACAGCCACAUUUCAGAUAGUUUACCUGUGGCAUUAGACAAUCUCUUUUGGUCUUUUGGUACUUUGGUUUUUGUUUUUGUUUUUGUUUCACUUAGAUUUCUUCGGCAACAAGGCAUACUUAGAUUUCGUGUUAUAACAUUUUGUUGCUC